AUGAUAAAGACAUCUCCUUUGUCCGAUGUUCCAUUUUCUCAUAUUCCUAAGUCUGUCUACGAAAGAACAACAGUGGAUUGGAUCAACAAACUUCCUUUUAAGUCACACUGGAAGUUCGUAACGUGGGCACUUGAUCGACUUCACCUUGAUUGGGUAUCACAUGCCAGAGGCGAAGAACAACCUAAUAUCGAAUAUCAGGUGGGGACAUUGGUUCAAUUAGCCAUGGUGUUGCGUGCUACACCUGAUUCUUUGACUUGUCUUUUGCCGAUGCUGAAGGGGAAACCUAAGUUUCAUGGCCAAGAAAACCUUCCGCUUAUCGUUUGGAUGAUGUCUCAGGCCUUCCAUGAUGAUUUACCUGCUGCCUUGUAUUCAUGGGCGCUUAACUUGCUCCCACUAGUCGUUAACGAGUGCUACAGCUCUCACUCAAUUCAUCUCAUCCUCCAAUUUGUUGAGAUGAUUUUGUCCUCGAAUUCAGAGGCUCGGGCUGUACUCCUAAACGAACCUGUUAGGCAUGGAGAGCGUCUGAUUCCACCUUGUUCGUUUGAGAUGUUGGUGCGGCUUACAUUCCCUGCUCCAUCCGCUAGAGUAGAGUCAACACAGAGGUUUGAGGCUAUUUAUCCCUUGUUGAAGGAAGUAGCCCUUGCACCAGAUAUUACUGCAAACGCACUGAAACGGAUAUUCACUUUUUCCUUGAAAUUAGCUGGUGGACAAGGAAAUCCUGCUCUAGCCAAUGAAGCUACAGCAAUCGCCAUCAGUGUUUUGACACAAAACGUUGAUUGCUUUAAGCAAUGGGUUGUUCUCUACAAAGAGAAUCUUGAAGCUAGCGUUGCUCUUCUUAAUAAGCUUGUAGACGAAUGGAAGUAUCAUUCCCUCAAACUUUCAUCAUCUUCGAGUGAUACUCUCACUGUCAAGCAUGCUAUCAACAGCUUCAGGAUGAAGAACGAAAAAGCCAUCACUGAAGAUGUAGCCAAUCCUUCUCUUUACAAAGAAGCUGACCAGGCGUGCAAACUGAUCUCAAGUAGACUCUCCCGUGGCAUCGGAAUAGCACCCUUAACCGCUAUGGUUAUAGCAGGCGUUGUUGGAGCCGGAGCCGCACAUGCUCUAAUCUAUCUUGCCAGGAGCAAAAAGUCCUUCUCUUAAUAGAUGUUUAUCAGAAUAUUACUUGUUGGCUUCUUUUAAUCCCUUUCUUUGAAGCUAUUAUGAUAUAUAUAUUUUAUUGUAAAAUAUUGUUAUUUAAGUUCGCACCUACUCACGAUUAUUAUUCAAGUAGAUUUAACUCACGAUUACUACUCAAGUAAUUUAAGGGUAAUUGUGUUGUAUAACCACUAAAAAUUUAUCAUCAUGUAAUUAGCUUAAAAAAAUUUGACCAAGAUAUUUAAUGUAUUUUCUACAAUAUACCAAAGUAUCUUUCAAUAG